CCACAGCCGCCCCUUGACCUCUGUCUGAAAAAGGGGGAGUUCUCCCUCUACCCAGCAGGGCACUACCAGACGCCCCUGGGGUACGAACGGAUAACGACCUUUGACAGCAGUGGGAAUGUGGAGGAGGUGUGCCGGCCUCGCACCAGGAUGCUCUGUGCCCAGAGCACCUACACCCUGCCGGGGCCCGGCAGCUCCGCCACCUUGCGCAUCACUGCCGCUGAGAAGAAGAUGCAGCAGCCCUGUGCCAGCGCCACCCUGAACCGGCUCACAGUCCCUCGUUACUCAAUCCCAACCGGGGACCCGCCACCUUACCCUGACAUCGCCAGCCAGCUGUCCCAGGGCAGAAGCAUCGCACAGAGGCUGGACAGCAGUAUCAUUCAUGCAACUCUGCGGAGGAACAGCAGAGAGGCAGCUCUGAAAAUGGCUCAGCUGGUGGACAGUCAGAGAGCCACCUUGCAACUUCCCCCAAAGGCCAAGAGCAGCGUUGUGACGGCACAGUACCAGCAGAGAGUACCCACCGCCUUGUACACCUGCCGCCAAUGCAGAGAAAAAAAAAGUGCUGGUGGUGUGGGCAGCAUCACUAAUGCCAAUGCUAGUAGCAGCACUUCCAGUAUUGGUGGCAUGAGACCUGAUCUGAGCACGGGGAGUGGCUCCCAGCACAGCUCCGUCAUUGCUCACUCUGUCAGUACUUCACCUCUAGCCUCCCAGUCCUCCUACAGCUUGCUGAGCCCUCCUGACAAUUCCCGUGACCGAGCGGAUUAUAUCAACUCCGCCUUCGCAGAGGAUGAGGCCCUUUCUCAGCACUGCCCAGUGGAGAAAUCAAUACGGCACGUACCUGUGUCCUUGACAGAGGCUGCCCUCGGUGUAAAACGGCCACCACCGUACCAGUGGGACCCUAUGGUGAGUGAAGAGAUAUGGGUUCCUCAGGAAAGGACAUCUCAGAGCUCAGUGCCCAACCCUCUAAAACCUACUCCUCUCAUCAUCGGUCAAGCUCAGCAUCUGGAUAUGUCUCGAGUGCCAUUUGUUUCCCCCAAGUCUCCAACCAGUCCCACUGCCACUUUCCAGACAGGUUAUGGGGUUGGAGUACCUUACCCGGGAAGCUACAAUGCUCCUCCCCUUCAGGGAAUGCAGCCCCCCUGCUCCCCCAAAGAAGCUCUGGCCCCAACACAGUUUGCACAGCAGGAGCCCACAGUCGUGCUUCAGCCAGGCUAUCCAUCCAACCUCUCCUAUUGCCCUUUGCCACCCAUGUACCCGGGAAGUAGCGCCUGCUCUAGUUUACAGCUGCCACCCAUCGCCUUGCACCCGUGGAGCUCCUACAGCGCCUGCCCACCCGUACAGAACCCCCAGGGCACGUUGGCCCCCAAGCCACUCCUCGUGGUGGAGAAGCCGGUGAUGUCUCCUCCGCCGGCAGAGCUGCAGGGCCACGUGGGCACAGAGGUAAUGGUGGAGACGGCAGACACUUUCCAGGAGGUGCUCUCCUUGACAGAAAGCCCCGUUCCUCAAAGGACGGACAAAUUCGGCAAGAAGAGCCGCAAGCGCCUGGACAGUCGAGCCGAGGAAGGAAAUGUGCAGGCUAUCACUGAGGGCAAGGUCAAAAAGGAGGCAAGGACACUGACCGACUUCAAUUCGCUAAUAUCCAGCCCUCGGCUGGGGAGGGAGAAGAAGAAAGUCAAGAGCCAGAAAGACCAGCUGAAGUCCAAGAAGCUAAACAAGACGAACGAGUUUCAGGACAGUUCGGAGAGCGAGCCAGAGCUUUUUAUCAGUGGGGAUGAACUGAUGAACCAGAGCCAGGGCAGCAAAAAGGGUUGGAAAACCAAAAGGAGUUUGAGGACAGCCAGUGAGCUGGACGAGUUCAAGUGCCGGAAGGCCAGCGAGAAGGAGGAUGGGAGGCUGGGGAGCCAGGGCUUUGUGUACGUGAUGGCCAACAAGCAGCCGCUGUGGAACGAGGCGACGCAAGUCUACCAGCUGGACUUUGGAGGGCGGGUGACCCAGGAGUCGGCAAAAAACUUCCAGAUUGAGCUGGAAGGACGACAGGUGAUGCAGUUUGGAAGGAUUGAUGGCAAUGCUUACAUUUUGGACUUUCAGUAUCCAUUUUCUGCAGUGCAAGCCUUUGCUGUUGCUCUGGCUAAUGUGACUCAGCGCCUCAAAUGAACAAGCAGAGACUGGGGAGAGGAAAAUGUUAACCUUCUCAUAAAGUCCAAACCGGAAAAUGUCAGGGCAGCCUGCUUUAGGUGUGCAGAGGUGCCUGGGAGUGAAGAAGGCAGUAAAACUGGAAAAGUCUCUUGGUGCCCAACAGGAGGGCAUUAACUCUAAUCAGUCAUGGGGUGGAGGGUGGGGGGCUGUUUUCUGUUCUGUUUGUUUGUUUGUUUGUUUAUUUCAGGUGGUUUUUUUUUUUUUUUUCGUUUUAAGCGUUGUGCUGGGUCUCAGAAAGAGCGAAGGGUUGAGAGCCAUUCAGUGUUACGUGGAGAAGUGUGGCUUUUGGCUUGUUGUGGUGGUUCUGCCGUGUUUGCUACAGUAGCUGGUGUAAGCUCAUAGGGGGAUUAAAAAAGACUGCUCUUUUUGAUAGACUGCCUUAUAUCAUGCUGUUCUUUUUAAAACAGGGAACAUAACUUUUUUUCUGGUCCAGUUUGUACUACUACUACUAUUACUACUACUACUACAACAUCAGUGAUAGCAGCAAAAAA